AUGGCGGCGAGACCGGCGGAAGCGAGGGGCCGCGCGAGCGAGAUCGCGGGAUGGGCCCGCGGCCGCGCGAGCGCGUCGCGCGGAGGGGGGGAUCCCGCGUCGUCAGAUCGUCGGCGCGGGGCGCGCGCGCGCCCGCCGCCGCGAUGGCGCGCGCCGCGCGCGCCGUGGAGCCGCGACGACGGCGAGCGCGACGCGACGACGAGCGCGACGACGUCGUGCGGCGCGCGCGGGGGCGAACCGCGCGCGGUGGUGGGGGGAUGGAGAAGGAGACGAGCGGCCGCGGCCGCGUCGGCGUCGGCGUCGGCGUCGGCGCUCGACGACGAUCGUCGUCGCUCGCGACCGCCGACGGUCGCGAGCGUCUCGCGCGCGCGGUCGACCGCGCGAGACGCCGCGGCGCUGGGCGGCGACGUCAACGGCGCGGAGAUGCGCGACGGCGCGCGCGUCGUCGCGCUGAGACUCACCGCGGGGGUCCUCUCCACGGUCGUCGUUCGCUCCGUCCUCGCGCCGUUCGAGCGCAUGAAGCUGGAGUACAUCUUAAACCACAGCAAGCUCCCGCUCGCGAAAGCCGUGGGCGCGGUGUUUCAAGCGGAAGGGUUGAAAGGGUUCUGGCGCGGGAACGUGAUUAACCUGAUGCGCGUGUGCCCGUACAAGGCGAUCAACUUCGCGGCGUUCGACGCGUACCGCGGCUCGACGUCAAAAUCGUCGUCGCCGUCGUCCGCCGACGCCGCGUGCGCGCACUCCGCGGGGACGCACGACGUGAACAAAGUAUAUCUUGCCGUCGCCGGCGCGGCCGCGGGCAUAACGUCCUUGUGCACGUGCUACCCCAUGGACGUCGUGCGGACGCGGAUGCUCGUCGCGGGCGGGAUGGUGAAAUACGGCAGCGUCGGGAAGUGCUUCGCGUCCAUCAUGACGAAGGAAGGGCUCAGCGGGUUCUACCGCGGGUUCCUGCCCGCGCUGUUCGCGCUGACGCCGAACGGCGCGGUGUAUUACACGAUGUACGACCAUCUGAAGUCGAACCGGUUGCGGACGUUGGAAAAGGAAGCCGCGGAGAGAGCGGAGAGAGCGGCGGCGGCGGCGGGCAAGGCGGGGAAGAGGGGGAAUGGGGCGAAGGGGGCGGUGAUCGAGAUGGAGGCGCCGCACGCGAUCAGGGUAGAGCAAGGGUACAUGAUGCUGUUCGGCGCCGUCGCCGGGUGCGCCGCGGAGUUCAGCACGUACCCGUUCGAGGUCAUCCGGCGCCGCAUGCAGAUGCAGAUGGGGACGUCUUCGGUGUCGAGCGCGGUGGGGAUGAAAGCGUUGCGGCGGAUGACGAAGACGCUCAGGGUGAUUCUGAACUCGCGGGGGAUACCCGGGCUGUACGCGGGGUGCGUUCCGGGGAUCGCGCAGGUGUUGCCCUCCGCCGCGUUGGGGUACUACAGCUACGAGAUGUUCAAGAUCGUUCUCGACGUCGACUGA